AUGAUCCGGCCCGGGUACACAUCCUACGAUUCCUACAUCAAGCGCCAGCUCAACAAGACCCUGAAUCCCCAUCUCAGAGAGGUAUGGAAAACCCGGGAUUGGGACCGGAAAAUCCGGGUCUUCACGGCGUUUUUCCACCACCUCAAGGAGGAAAAGCUGAUCCGCAACGACUCGAAAGCACUGUGUAUCGGCGCCCGGAUGGGUCAAGAAGUGGAGGCACUGAGACGGGUCGGGGUUUCGGACUCGAUCGGGAUGGACCUGGUGCCGUCGCCGCCGUUGGUGGUGGAGGGGGAUUUCCACAAGCAGCCGUUUAAGGAUGGGACCUUUGACUUCGAAUUCUCCAACGUGUUUGAUCACGCGCUUUACCCGGAGAAAUUCGUGGGGGAGAUCGAACGGACGUUGAAGCCCGGCGGAGUUAGCGUCUUACACGUGUCGGUCCGGCGAGGAACCGACAAGUACUCGGCCAAUGACUUGUACAGUGUUGAGCCGCUCAAGAAGCUGUUCAAACGGUCGGAGUUAGUCCGGAUUCGGACUAUUGACGGGUUCGGGUUGGACACCGAGGUGGUCUUCCGGAAAAAGAAGAAGGAGCUCACACGGUCCUAA